AUGAGGCUAUCGCACGUAGCCUUGGCAUGGUUAACGGCAUUGCCCUCUACUGCUGCUCUUACGGCUGCGGAAUGGCGCUCACAAUCCAUUUACCAAGUUCUGACCGAUAGGUUUUCUCUCACGAGCGGGGCGACCAAUUCUGCUUGCAACGCCGGAAACGGGGUGUACUGUGGAGGAACCUGGCAGGGAAUCAUCAAGAACCUGGAUUAUAUCAAGAACAUGGGAUUUACUGCCAUAUGGAUAUCGCCAGUCGUUGAAAAUUUGGCUGGUAAUAGCGCUGAUGGAGAGGCUUAUCAUGGAUAUUGGGCUCAGAAUAUCUACGAAGUGAAUACCAACUUUGGCUCUGCUGCAGAUUUGCAAGCGCUGGCUACGGCAUUGCAUAAUGCCGGCAUGUACUUGAUGGUUGACAUUGUCACCAACCACAUGGGAUAUCUUGGAUGUGGCACUUGCGUUCAAUACAACACAUUCAACCCAUUCAAUUCGCAAUCCUACUAUCAUCCAUUCUGCCUGAUCGACUUUAACUCUAGCAACAUGACGCAGAUACAAAACUGCUGGGAAGGCGACAAUACAGUGUCCUUGCCAGACCUUGCUACCGAAAAUUCCAACGUUUUGAGCAUGUGGCAGACUUGGAUCAAACAGCUCGUGGCAAACUAUACUAUCGAUGGCCUGAGAAUGGAUAGCUGUUUCGAAUUAGACUACGGAUUUUUUGAACCCUUUCAAUCCUCAGCAAAUGUCUACAUCGUUGGCGAAGUUGAUAACGGCGACCCAGCUGUUGUUUGCCCGUAUCAAAAGAACUACGGCCUAAAUACGUUGAACUAUCCCGCGUACUAUUGGAUUACCCAAGCUUUCCAGUCCACAAGCGGCAGUAUAAGUAACCUUGUCAAUGGACUCAACACCAUGAAAUCGGAAUGUUCCGACACCACCCUUCUCGGCUCAUUCAUGGAAAAUCACGAUAACCCACGCUUCCCUUCGCUCACAUCUGAUAUAUCACUUGCAAAGAAUGCAAUUGCAUUCACCAUGCUUGCGGACGGAAUUCCCAUUAUAUAUGAAGGACAAGAGCAACACUUGAAUGGAGGUGGCGUUCCCAACAAUCGCGAAGCAAUCUGGUUGUCUGGCUACAGCACUUCUGCUGUGCUGUACACCCACAUCAAAGCUCUGAAUCAAAUCCGAAGCCAGGCCAUCAAACAAAAUAGCGCUUAUGUGACCACCCAGGCAGCUGUCACAUACUCUGAUAGCUCCACCAUUGUUACACGAAAAGGCAGCACGGGAUCCCAAAUUGUCGGCGUUUUCUCCAACAAAGGCGCCAAUGGUAACAGCUACACUUUGACACUGCCAUCAUCUGAUACUAGUUUCACGAGCAAUGAACAAGUCGUUGAAGUCCUGUCAUGUACAGCUUAUACCACGGAUUCGAGCGGCAACCUCGCUGUGGCCAUGUCAGAUGGUCUCCCUAGGGUAUUUUAUUCAAGGUCGAGCCUGAAUGGAAGCGGAAUUUGUCCUAACUUGGGAUCCGGCGGUGGUACACCGACUUCAACUCCUCCAACUUCUUGCACCGCUAUUCCCGUGACAUUCGACGAAAAAGUGACGACAACUUUUGGCCAAACUAUAAAGAUAGCCGGUGAUAUAAGCGCUCUGGGUAAUUGGAACACAGCCAAUGCUGUUACGCUUUCUGCAGCCAAUUACACCAGCUCCAAUCCUCUGUGGUUUGUAACAUUGAACUUGGCCCCUGGGCAAGUGGUGGAGUACAAAUAUAUCAACGUGGCUCAAAAUGGGGCUGUGACUUGGGAGGCGGAUCCUAAUCACACGUAUACGGUUCCAUCGGCUUGUACAGCACAGCCUACUGUCACAAACACAUGGCAGGGGUAG